AGUAAAUUGAAAAUAAAAGUUUAACGUUUUAUACUUUAUUUAUCAUAGUUUACAGACAAUUCAAGUUUUUAACUUAUUCAUUUAUUUUCAGCAUAGAGCAAAGUAAAUUAUAACCAGUUAGCAUCGACUGUGAAAAUUUUAGACUACAUCAUUUAAGAACAUCAUAUAUCAAAUAAGUAAAAUGCAGGCCAGGAACCAGCAUGACGGUGGACCCUGGGAGUUGUACUUCUCUUGUCCUCCACAGAUGAAGGAGUUGUGUGCUGUUACAGUGUGUGUGACACAGCAGGCUUCAGUCUGCAGACAGCUGCCACAGAUUCUUAAAUGCAGGGAGCUGAUAUUCACAGAGCCAGAUAUUUUAGCCACUCCUGCAUUGGGCUUCAUGUCUAGAGUACAUAUAAUUAUGCAGAAGUCUCUGUACCGAACUGGAAGACUGCAAACAAGAUUUGAAAAGAUGGGACUUGAGGCAGGUCAGCCUCAUCACGUGACCCCUGUUUUGUACAAGGAAUGUCUGCAGUACACAUUGCUUGCCAAGAUAGCACCAAAUUGGAAUAAAGUGGGGGAAUGGCUUGUACAAGGGAGAGACUUUUUACAAAUCUCCAUCAAUAUGAAUGCAGUAGGUCUAGAAGUUAGUGUAAAUGACAAUGAAAUGUAUUUUAUGAUUCGCUCCACUGUUUUACGGAUUCCUCCAAUGAAGUUGGAAGAUCUGAACAUAACACAGUCAGUAUUGCUAGAACUUGUACAGAAUCCUCACAGCAGAAUAGAUGAAUAUUCACUGGGAAAUCAGUGGUUUUAUGUUUUACCCAGGUGUAAUAUUAUAACACUGAUCUUUAACUAUUGUCAGCAUUGCUUGAUUUUUUCAGAAUUACAGUCAAUUGUAUUUAAAUAUAAUAUGAAUUUCAGUUUAGUUUCUGUAGCACAUUUAAUGCCCACGUUCUCUGGGACUCCAUUUCAAUUCAGCAUGAAGAAAGGCAAACUUGUUGCUGUUACCUGCAGUCUCCCCACAGACGGUGUCUUCAGAAGUUACAGAGAAAUGAAGAGACAUUGGAAAAACAUGCAUGGCUAUCGUCUACCAGAGAAUGAGGAAGGCUUGUUCUACUGUCAAAUACAUUUCAAGCCCAUAGGCCAGACUCUUUUUACUUACCCCAGUUGCUGCUUGCGUACACAUGAGCCAGCUGUAGGUUCCAGACCUGGUUCCCCACAGACAGUACACUCAUUUUUACAAGAUCUACAAGCCAAAAUGCCAAGGAUUUGUGGGCAGAAACUACAGCUUGAGAAAAAUGUUUGGAAACCAGUGCCUGCUUUAGUGGAUGCUACUCAGGUAGAACCAAGCAGCAAGAAUAAUGCCAACUUGGUCCACAAGCCCCCAGAGAAGAUCACAUAUCCAUAUAAGAGAAACACCAUUCUGGCACCACUGCCUCUGCGGCAGUACGGAGGACCACAGGCCCCACCCUCUCUGCAGCUACUUGCUGCUCUGUAUUCUUCAACUCCACAGAACCCCAUUCAACAACUGGUGCCCCAGCAUGGCAGUACAGCAGAAACACAGAAGGUACCUGCAAAACCAGACCAGGAGGGAGCUACUACAUCAAGUGCAUCUUCUUUCAUUGACGGUUGCAGGCUAGAUGGGAAAAUCAACAAUGGUGGUAUACAGGUUAGUGCUAGUAGCACAAUGAGUCAACCUCAGCAGUCUGAAGAAGGCACAUCUGCUUCUUGUCAGACAAAUAGAGUAGUACCAAAAUUCCAAUCCACAAAGAAACUAGCUUGCAGAUCUUCAAGCACCGACAUUGGUGAGGUAUCUGCCUCUGCAUCUAGAAUAGUGCCAAUAUUUAAACCCAAGAAGUUAAAAACAGCUGGACUUGUUGGCAAAUCAAAGGAGAUUGCCUCAGUCACUAAGGAUACCACUAUAAAAAUAAGAAACUCAGAAAGAAAUGGGAUACUCCAGUCACCCAUGUCUGUCACAUCUGUAUCAGGAAGUCAGCCCACUGGGACCUCCGAUUUACCUUGGACUGAAUGCACCAAAAAACUCAGUCUUGCCAAAACAAACUCUGCUUCUGCUCAAGUAUCUAGAAUGCCAAGACUUGGUACUGUAGAAAGUGGCUGUCCGGAAGAACUAACAACUAACAAGCCUGAAGUGACACCAGUAUCUCUUACCCAGGGCCAUGCCAGUUAUACCACAGCCUCACACCCUCCAGCUAAAGUACAGAGAAUGGAUGAUGAGUUUGAGGAAACCAUGAAGCUACAGUCAAAGAAACCAAGGAACAAACCUAAAGUCCAGGAGAACGUGAAUAUAGAAGAACUGGCAUACAAUAAUCAGCUGGGUAAAGUGAACACAGUGACAAUUGUGGCUUGGUUGAAAGAAAGAGGCAUACCCUGCAAAACUAAAGACAAGAAAGGAGACCUUGUUGAUAAAGUCUUUUGA